GGGUGCGAUAAAAGUGGUGGUGUACGGAGUCGGGAGUACACAAUGAUGUAGGUGGGAAGUCUAGUGUCAUCAAAGGCUUCAUUUAAACCGCCAAAACUAUUGCGAAAAGACCAAGAAACUUGGGGUAAAAUGGCCUCAUUUCGAUUGGAUGAUUUUUGUACCUUUUUUUUUUUUUUUGGUGUGAGUGGGUGUGGGAAUUGUGGAAAGGACGGUGUUGGGUUUGGGUGUGAGGCGUCGGGUGAGAUAACACCAGAACAUCCAUCAUCAAAAGGAUCGCCAAACAUGGGAAAUAAGGGAAAAAGUAUAAAUAGGGAGGCCCCCCGCUCCCUUAGACCCUAUGGAUCCCUCAAGUUGAACUGGAAACAAAUUGGAGCGGAAAAGCCUGUCGAUUGUUCAUCUCUAUCUAUCAGCGACUCUUUAAAACUUGGGUCGAGUUUCCGGAGCUGUUGAAGAGGCCAAGGUCCGAAAGGCAACAUGCCGAGUCUCCACUAUUUCUGUAAGGCAAACAGAACGAUAACCUGAACUCUAAACCAC